CUGAAUAUCAACUUUGUAGGUGAUUAACAUCUUAUCACAGUUACAUUAUUAAGUUUGUUUAUCGGGAAUUCUGGACAGUAUAAUGCAAAGAACUCAUACUAACGACAGUUUGCUAUUUACAUUGUUUCAACUCUGUUUACAUUAUCACAAUGCCUCUGUUGACGCAGACGGAAGCCGAUGAUGAAGAGUACGUUUUAGUGGCCAGUAUGGAUAAUGCUCGCAAUCUGUCCAACAUACUGAAAGCAAUCACCUUCAAAGACCAUGCCAUUUUCACUGCUACACCCAAUGGCUUGAAGGUCACUGUGGAGGACUGCAAAUGUCUGCAAGCCAAUGCCUUUAUUCAGGCUGAGAUCUUUCAGGAGUUCACCAUAAGGGAAGAUUUGGUGGGUUUUCAGGUCAACCUCACUGUUCUGCUGGACUGCCUAAAUAUCUUUGGAGGAAGCGGAGUACCAGGAGUAUCAACAGCCUUGCGAAUGUGCUACAAGGGGUACGGUUACCCUCUGACCCUGUUCCUGGAGGAGUUUGGGGUAGUGACUGUGUGCAAGAUCAACACACAAGAACCAGAAGAACCAGUUGACUUUGACUUCUGCAGCAGCAAUGUCACAAACAAGGUGAUCCUGCUGUCAGAGAGCCUAAAGGAAGCCUUCUCUGAGCUGGACAUGACCAGUGAGGUGCUCCAGAUCACCAUGUCCCCCAACCAGCCGUACUUCAGGUUGUCUACAUUUGGGAAUUCUGGAAAUGCCCAUUAUGAUUAUCCCAAAGACUCUGACAUGGUGGAACUGUUUCAGUGCACCAAGACACAAACUGACAGGUACAAGAUGUCCCUGCUGAAGCCAUCCACCAAAGCACUGGCCUUGUCCCAUAAAGUUUCUGUAAGGACUGACAACAGGGGCUUGCUUUCUCUGCAGUACCUGGUCAGGAAUGACGAUGGACAGAUCUGCUUUGUAGAAUAUUAUUGUUGUCCUGAUGAGGAGGCAGAGGAGGAGUGAUUGCAGUCCAUUGAAUUCUCCUUUAAUUAAGCACUUUAACUUCAGCGGUGGCCAGUCACUUUGAAGGCAAAGAUGAAGAGGAGUGGGGUACAUGCAGGAAGAAAUGCUGGACUAACGAAUUUGUGGAAAGAUAAUGUCCGCUACCAGGCCAUGUUAUGUGCCUGUGUGUAGUUAGACCACAGUUCAUCAUUUCACAGCCAGACACAGAUAAUGAUUGUCUGUACACUUUCUGUGUAUUAUUUGUUAAUAUGGCAUUUAUUGACAUCCAGACAUUGUGUGUAACUUCAUGAGUCUACAGUUUUUAGUCCAGUUGCAGCUAAGUUCUGUUGUGUUCAGUAUUUAGUCUUGUGUUUAUGGAGCUUCUUUGACUCAUGCACUGAGCCAGCUGACCGCCCAUUCAAGACGUGGCGCUGUGAUAUACUGUAGUUCUCAAGGUGUCAGCUGUAAUGAUUAGACAGUGUGUCUAAUCUCCACACAGUAGAUGCACUACUUCUCUGCAGCUCUGCACGUACACUGACAAUAAUUUGUUCAGAGUAUGGAUCACAUGAUACCGACUGUUUGUUUGUUUGAAUCAUUUAUUUUCAUGACAUAGAAAACAGUUGUAGUCACUCCAAAGCAAUAAACAAGUUUUUAAGUUUUA